AUGGAUGAGUACGACUUGUUAGAUAAUAGAUGGUUUUCUGAUAUGUUCGAUGAUCGUUCACACUGGAUCCCUGCAUACUUUAGAGAUGUCAGUAUGAGUGGAUUAUUCAGAACUACAUCGUUGUCAGAGAGCGAGAAUAGCUACUUCAAACGGUUUGUCCAUAAGAAUGCAAAUCUUAUGUUGUUUUAUAUGCAAUAUUGCAGUGCAUUGGAGGCUCAACGACAUAAUUAUCAUAAGACUACCUUUGCUGACGAGACCGGAGUUCUACCCAUGAAGACGAAACUUAAAAUAGAGAAGCAUGCUGCAACCAUAUACACCAACAACAUAUUCAAGGAGGUACAAGAAGAGAUAUAUGCUUCGCAAACCUAUUGCAAUAUGUAUAAGAUGGAGGAGCAAGUUGAUGAGAGCAUAUAUACUGUGCAUGACAAUAUUGAUGGGAAAUUCGUGGUGCGACAUAGACUGUCGGACGCUUAUACAUAUUGCAGCUGCAAUCUGUUCGUCAGGAAAGGUAUUCUGUGCAAACACAUUUUUCUUGCAUUUCGCACAUUGCAAGUUGAAAGAAUUCCUGAUAAAUACAUAUCAGUUCGCUGGAGCAAAUUUAGUAGAUUGUCGGCCAUGGUUCCUGGCUUUGACCUCGGCAGUGCACCAAGCCAAAAUUCUGUUAUUGGUAACAAUAAGUUUUUCAACGUUGUUGGCAAUUGUAUUGUGUAUGUUGGUGACAAUCAAGUGCUACGUGAAGAACUCCUUGCUGCUCUCAUUGAAGUUGAAAAAAGAUUUGCGAAAGAGGGCAGUACAAAGUCUAAGCUAGAAGCUAAGCAUAGGGUUUUCAAAGAUUUUUAUGGUACUGCAGCACCAGAAGUACCAUCUGUGUUACCUCCUCUCAUAUCCAAAACGAAAGGCAGUGGCGCAGGUGGAAGAAGAAAAUCUGACCAAGAGAAGGCCAUGGCUCUUGCUAAGAAGCCAUUGCGUAAUUGCAAUAAAAUGCAAUACGAUGGGGCAUCAUGA